AUGAUUCCGUCCAACGGCGUCCUCCGCAAAGUGAAUGAGAGAACCACGGACACAGUUCUUCCAACGUUGAUGAACACGAUUCUGCAGACGCUCAUCGGGAUCGGAAUCAUGCUGGUGGUGGAUGCUUUAUUGGCUUCGCGAGCCUCGAACCAGGCGCGACAGCGGCUGAUGCGAGCAUUCACACGGCUAAUCCGUGGCGUGCGGGCUUGCAAAGAGCAGGGGAUGUCUCGGGAGAACGCUGAAAAUUUCGCGCGGGAGAACAAGGAGGCAACCGCUGGAUUUCUCCAGGACCUCAAUGCACUGAAAACUUUGCUGCCCUAUGCAGCUGCAGAGACCACCUACUGGUCAAAGCCCCUGAACCUGGCUCUCUUCGAGUCUCUCGAAGUUCACCUUCGCAACGUUGCAUCUCAUUCGGCGGCUCUCGUCCGUGCCUUUCAGUGCGCAGACCAGGUGCGGGUUUCUUCGCUUCCAGCCUGGCCUGCCUUGUACCGCUUCUUCCACCAGCAGCUGCUGUGCCGGG